AUGCCUCCUAAACACGCCGUUAUUUCUGUGUUCCUGUUGAAAAACGAGGUUGUUUCGUAACUCUUCACGCUCACUACUUCCCAAUCAAUCAUCAUGUUUGCAGGAAAAGAUGGCCGCGGAAUCUACAUACGGAUUCGUCUACGGUGUCUCCGGACCUGUCGUCACUGCGGAGAAGAUGGCUGGAUCUGCCAUGUACGAGUUGGUGCGUGUCGGACAUCAAGAGCUUGUCGGAGAGAUCAUUCGUCUCGAGGGAGACUACGCCACCAUCCAGGUCUACGAGGAGACUUCCGGAGUAACCAUCGGAGAUCCAGUGCUCAGAACUGGAAAGCCGCUGUCUGUCGAGCUUGGACCAGGUAUCAUGGGAUCGAUUUUCGACGGGAUUCAGCGCCCACUCAAGGAUAUCGCUGACAUCACCCAAUCGAUCUACAUCCCAAAGGGAGUCUCUACCAACGCUCUGUCCCGUGAAGCCCGUUGGGACUACGUCGUCGCCAAGGAUCUUCGCGUCGGAGGACACGUAACCGGAGGUGACAUUCUCGGAACCGUCGACGAGAACUUGCUCAUCAAGCACAAGAUCCUUCUGCCGCCAAGCGCCUGCGGAACCAUCACCUUCGUCGCUCCUUCUGGACAAUACACCGUCGAGGACACUCUUCUCGAGCUUGAGUUCGCCGGACGCAAGCAGAAGUUCAGCAUGCUCCAGGUGUGGCCCGUCAGAAACCCAAGACCAUGCACUGAGAAGCUGGCCGCUAACAACCCGCUUCUCUGCGGACAGCGUGUGCUCGACGCCUUGUUCCCAUGUGUCCAGGGAGGAACCACCGCCAUUCCAGGAGCUUUCGGAUGCGGAAAAACUGUGAUUUCGCAGUCUCUCUCCAAGUACUCCAACUCUGACGCCAUCAUCUACGUCGGAUGUGGUGAGCGUGGAAACGAAAUGUCUGAGGUAAACUGUUCAGAAAAUAAACAGAGACUAAUAUGAAUUCUCCUGCAGGUACUUCGUGAUUUCCCAGAACUGACCAUGGAGGUCGAGGGAGUCACCACUUCCAUCAUGAAGCGUACCGCUCUCGUCGCCAACACCUCGAACAUGCCUGUGGCUGCUCGUGAGGCUUCCAUCUACACUGGUAUUACCCUUGCCGAGUACUUCCGUGACAUGGGUCUCAACGUCGCUAUGAUGGCCGACUCCACCUCCCGUUGGGCCGAGGCUCUUCGUGAGAUUUCUGGUGAGUCAUCUUUUUCAUCGACUUCGUCAGACAAAGAAUGAAAAUCAAUUUUGCAGGACGUCUCGGAGAAAUGCCCGCCGAUUCCGGAUACCCAGCCUACUUGGCUGCCCGUCUCGCCUCCUUCUACGAGCGUGCCGGACGUGUCAAGUGCCUCGGAAGCCCAGAGCGUGAGGGAUCCGUCACCAUCGUCGGAGCCGUCUCCCCGCCAGGAGGAGAUUUCGCCGAUCCGGUCACUUCUGCCACUCUCGGUAUCGUGCAGGUGUUCUGGGGAUUGGAUAAGAAGCUCGCCCAGCGUAAGCACUUCCCGUCCAUCAACUGGCUCAUCUCUUACUCCAAGUACAUGCGCGCUCUCGAAGAGUUCUACGAGAAGAACUACCCAGAGUUCGUGCAUCUCCGUACCAAGUGCAAGGAGAUUCUCCAGGAGGAAGAGGAUCUUUCUGAGAUCGUGCAGCUUGUCGGAAAGGCUUCCCUCGCCGAGUCGGACAAGAUUACUCUUGAGGUUGCCAAGAUCAUUAAGGACGAUUUCCUUCAGCAGAAUGGAUACACCAAGUACGAUCGUUUCUGCCCGUUCUACAAGACGGUCGGCAUGCUCAAGAAUAUGAUCGGAUUCUACGAUUUGGCUCGUCACUCGGUUGAGGCUACCGCGCAGUCUGACAACAAGAUCACGUGGAAUGUGAUCAAGGACAGCAUGGGAGACCUCAUCUACCAGCUCUCGGCCAUGAAGUUCAAGGACCCAGUCGCCGACGGAGAGGCCAAGAUCCGCAAGGACUACGAGGACCUGGCCGAGGCUAUGUCCAAUGCCUUCAGAAACCUCGAGGACUAG